UAACACACACAUGGUACUUGAGAGUUCGAACGGAAGUAGUUCAUGCACUUUGGGGGCGGAACGGAACGGAUCUAAAUGUGAACUUACAUGUAUUUCGAGUCUAUCCAAAUCUUUGGUAAGUCGUUGAGUCGUUUGGUGGAGUUUUCUCAGGAAAUACAUCGGCUUGCCUUGUCAAUUGGAUCAGAGACUGAUCGCAGGCAGGAACUACCCUCACCCUGGAUAUUUCUGCCCAAGCACGGAACCGGGGCUCGAACGAAGGGCGACGAUCAUCGGACGGAAUAUCGCCGUGUACGGUGUAUAGUGAGAAACCUGUGGAUUUUCAAAAAAACUUGAUAUGACAGUUUGCUGAUAAAUUCUCGGUCUUUGGUUAGGUUCAAAUUGUUACUAGAGUAGUGUACUAUAUUCAUGAAUUUAGCGAAAAAUGCAACAGACCGUCCGAGUUUUGUGAGGAAAGAAGGGAUUUACCACAAGGAUUUGUUGAGUAUUUGAGUCUUGUGUUGACAUUACAACUUGCAUUGCAAUAACUGCAUUAUAAAUUGCAAGACUUUCCAAUUCUGAACAGUAUUGCUGUACAUAGUGUGUGAUCUGAAAUACAGGGAUACAGUUUUAGUCUGUCCAACAUUCCAAUCUACCAUGCCGUUAUUUCCAAAGAAGAAGGAUAAGAAACAGAAAGGGGGCCUGACGGAGCAAGAGCAACAGCCAGAAAAUGACGUCAACAAUUCAAAGUCUUACCCAACCGGUCCUACGCCCGCUCCCCCCUCCGUGACCCAACAACCACAGACAACGAAUGGUGGACAAGCUCCAGCUGGAGAGCAGCAGCAACCGCAGCGACGGUUGGUGUUCUAUGCGCAGCUGGCGCACGGAAGCCCCACAGCUAGGAUCGAGGGAUUUGGGAACGUCCGGGAGCUUUAUGAGGAGAUUGCGAAAGCAUUUGUUAUUCCUGCUACUGAUAUCUUGUUUUGUACGUUAAACACCCACAAAGUGGACAUGGAAAGACUCCUCGGGGGUCAGAUUGGUCUAGAGGACCUCAUCGUCGCCCAUGUGAAGGGAGUCCCUAAAUCCAUACAAUGUAUAAAAUCAGUAGCGUCUCUCGGGCUGACUAUCACUGACAAUGGCGCAGGGUACGCAUUCAUCAAGCGCAUCAAGGAGGGCAGCGUCAUGGAGGGUCUAAGUACGGUGCUAGUCGGCGAUCACAUCGAGUCCAUAAACAACAAGAGUAUGAUCGGAGCGCGCCAUUUCGAGGUGGCGAAAGAAUUUAAGCAGCUACCGGUCGGACUGGAAUUCAGCGUUGCCUUGAUUGAACCAAUGAAGGCCUUCACUAAAAUUGCUCCCCGUUCAGCCCCAGCUAUGCAACCAGCACCAGUUGCCGCUAUGCCAACAGACGACCAAGUAAAGACGGGUCGGGAAACACUGCGUCUUCGCAACACUGGUCCUGCAGAAGUGGUCACUGAGGAGCUUAAUGAUUUUGAGAGCAUGGCUAUAACGAAGUGUGACGAUCUUCUGGAAAGCUACAUCGGUAUUAGAGAUGAAAGUCUUGCUGAGACCCUUGUUGGACUAUUCAAAGGAAAAACAGACUUUUCAGAUUUUAUGAAGGCAGUUGAAGAAGAACUGGGGGAACUAGACUUUCCAGAGGAGUUUAUCUUUGAUCUAUGGGGUGUAAUGGGCGACGUCAAAGAUGGUCGGAUAUGAAACUUAUGUAUUCAAUUGAAGAUCUUUUGAAAGCAGAUGAAAAAGGUUUCCAGGAAAUUGCAAGAUACAGCCAGUGUUUAAAUUUAACUUUUGUCAAUGUUUGUUUUAUAUUUAUGAUUAUGUCACCAAAUGUGUUUUCAGUGAGAUUCCCCGAGGAUAGAAUUAA